AAGUAACCACCCAGCUAGCGUAUCGCCAACAUCUCAGUAACGCUUCGAACGGCCACCGAGCCGCUUGUGCCGCACUGCACCAAAUAGUAUUCGAAAUGCAGUUCCACAUAUCGUGUUUAGUACUUGUGUUAUAUCUAACGGAAUUUAUAAAUGCAGAUAAACAAUGCCGGAUGCCAAACGGCGGCGCAGGAGAAUGCAAGCCAAUGAAGAUGUGCAAGCCACUAUAUGAACUCAACAAGAAGAGAGCAAAGACUGAUAGAGAACUGUUGUAUUUAAGACAAUCUUUGUGCGCCGUAACCAGUAGCUUCAGCCAAGUGAUUUGCUGUCCACCGAUAUCGCAGUGGUCCAACUUCGAUAGUAUUGUAAAGCCUGUAUUAUAUGAGGAAAUCAAAACGUAUGUGACAGAUUUGAAAGAAAAACCCGUACCAAUCAAUGACAAUGGCAUUGAAGAAUUAGACACAAGGGGUAUAAAUGACGACAAAGACCCACCUAAUAAUGGAAAUACAGACAAUAUUUCUAACGUACCGAUACAAGAUAAUGCAGAAUGUGGAAAAGACACAUCUAAUGCCAAUAGAAUAAUUGGAGGAGGCCCAGCGGCGAUCGACCAAUAUCCAUGGCUGGUAUUGCUCGAAUAUGCAAAAGGUUUCACCCUUUGCGGCGGCGGUCUAAUUUCAUCCAGAUUCAUUCUAACUGCAGCGCAUUGCAUGAAAAACGAAAAUUUACCGUUAUUUGCUCGACUGGCCGAAUAUAAUACUUCUUCUUUUCCAACUGAUUUCGUGGAGACGGAUGGAGGUGGAUUCGACGAGAUCACGGGAAUCGUUGUACCAAUAGAGAAAACUAUACGUCACCCCAACUACACGAGGACGCAACUUCAUCAUGACAUCGGCCUUGUUAAAUUGAAACAAGCUGUUGUUUUUACAGAAUUCAUCCGCACAAUAUGCCUACCGACGCAAGAUUAUCGUCCAACUUUCACUACACCGUUGAAUUUUACUGUCGCCGGCUGGGGUAGUGACGGAUCACAAUUUAGCGAAGUCAAAAAACACGUUAGAGUACCUUAUGUAUCCAUCGAUCAGUGUCGAGAUAGAUAUCCAUUAAACAGACUUAUUGAUAAUCAGAUAUGUGCGGGUGGGAACCGUGGAGAAGAUUCCUGUUCAGGGGAUUCCGGUGGACCGUUAAUGUAUGAAUUAGAAGAUAAUACGUACAUAGCUAUUGGUGUCGUUAGCUAUGGUUACAGGGAAUGUGGUACUGUUAACGUGCCAGCAGUAUAUACUUACGUAUAUGAAUAUUUAGACUGGAUUAAGAGUAAUAUGAUCUAAAAAUCUUAAAGACGUUAGUUACUUAAAUUUAAUGUUGACGUAUUUAUUAAAUAAUUUGGUGCAAUGACCUCGAUAAUUUAAGUUGAUUCAUAUCAACCCGCCUUUUUCCUUACGCGGUACUCAUAUCUCAGCCUCUGAAUCCACUUUCUUCUUACGCAUAUCCUCUUUUACAAUCCAUCUAUAAUUUACUCAGUCUUCCUCUAUCUUUAACCAUUCAUUACUUUCUUUCUUAAUUUUAGUUAAUUAGAAUAUUAAUAGAGUUGUGGAAAUUGACUGAACCAAUGGUAAAACGCAUCAAAGAUGGACAAACUUAUUUUUUAAGGAAUUUAGUGUAAGGUAUUUGACGAGAUUGAAAUGCGAAUUAUUAAAGUAUUUAAGUAUUUAUUUUUUACCCACCAUUGGUUAAUUAAUAAGUAUUAUAUUAUGUAUAAUUUUGAUCUCGAUGUAUAAUGAUUUUUGUACUAACUUGUACUGCAUUAUUUAUAGUUUUUUAGGAUGGUAUGUACCGUUAGAUAUGCAUUUCCUUACAUUUUAGUAUUAUAUACAAAUAGACAAAUUAAUGAAAAAACAUUUUGAAUAUCUAGAUGCUUUUCUUACGGCCGAAUACUGCAACGAAUUUGAAACUAUUCUCUUCGUAAUCUUACAAUCUGGGGGACGUGAUAUUUUUUUAUGAAAUUUGGAGUUUAAACAAAGCCUUAUUCAAACGCUGUAAAUAUUUGUCGUUUCAGUUUUCGGCCUUUAGUCAAGUAAUGGAUAUUAUAACAGUUUAGUGUAGGUUUUUCAUUUUUUUAUUUUAGAAGAUUUUGUUAAUUUCAUAAACCUUAGGCUUGUUUUAGAAAUAAUUUACAAUAGUCGAAUAGGAUACAAACCAACUAAGCGAUGGACAACUUAAAAUUCACACAAAGUUGUUCCCAUAGUAACUUAACUCUGAGUGCGAUAGAAAGUUAUCUUUUGUAUAGUCUUAUUUAUUUAGUGAUACGCUUUGUAAAAUAGUACUUAAGUUAAAAACAAUAAAAG